GGAGGUGGACGCGGGGGCUGCGCGCUGUGACCCGCGUCGCACCCCCCGGGACAGAUCCCCGCACCCUCUGCUCUCCGGUUUCGGGGAAACGUGGUUGCUUUCACACUGCCGGAGUCCUCCAGGAUCUGAUCCCUGGGUCUCAAACUGCCCUCGAAAAGAGCAAGGGAUCUUCUGUGUGAGCAAUUCCUUUGCCGCCCCAGGUCCCCGACUCUCUGAGGUCGACAAGUGGCGCCCGAACAGAGACCUGAAGCCCCCAUUGAGGUAUGAUCGGCCAGCGGUAGGAACCCUACAGAAGGUGAUGGAUCCAGUCGAGCGAUUUGGAUACCUCUUCAGAAAGUCCGGCCCAGGACUGGCGAUAAAGACAACAGAAGAGGUCUCUCAGCCUCUGCAGGGAUUGACUACCCAGCGCCCUGUCCGAGAGAUGGCAACACUCUCCUUGAAGAGACCUCGAAAACGAAAAUUGCCCCCGACAACACCCCCAACUUGGGGGCAACUGAAGACCCUCACUCAGAGGGCGGAGCGAGUCCUGGAGACGACCAGAUCCACCAAAAGCCCUGAACGUCUGUUCCUGGCUAUGUUAGCGGUGGGGACAUGCGCCUCUGGGGUAGGAGAAAAACACGCCUACUGGGCAUAUGUACCCCAUCCUCCCUUGUUACGUCUAGCCGAAUGGACAGAAUAUGGACCUAUUUUUUACAGUUUUUACAAAUGACUGUACUCAUCUCCCAGCACCUUGGUCCUCUGUACCCUCAAAAAGCGAAUGAAUGCCCAAAACCUCCAUCACAGAGUGCUUACGGGCAGCGGCUGUUUUGAAAAAAAGAAAGGGGGAGCUGUGGGAAACAGAACGCCGCAACGACCACUGGUGCAUGCUCGUUCAGACUCUGAGAUCUCUGAGAAAACUCAAGACUGCAGGGUUAAAAAUAACCCGAAAGGAUCAGAGUGAAACGCCCUUGGGAUGUGUGUGGUCUGUUCUAAAGCACACAGCAUGUACAAGAUGCUUUGUAGAUAGGAGGCCAGCUGUAAGCAGCACACUGUGCAUUCCCUCCGUUGUUCUCUUAUCCUGUGUUAAGGUCCGAGUACAAUGGUGUUUACAAUUAAUUGAUCACAGCCAGUUACAGAUGUCUUUAUUCCUUCUCCACUCCCACUGCUUCACUUGACUAACCCUGUGUGCGUGGAAGACUGUGCCUUACUAAGCCCCUGCUGUAAAUCAUUAUAGAUCUGUAUCGUUGUAGAAGGUAUAUUAGAUUAUGGAAAAUAAACCUCGGCACCUCGGGCUGUUUGCUCGGGGUCCCCUGUGCCU